AGUGGUGCCAGAUCAGGACCCAGCCCAGAGUGCCCAGGCGCAAGUCCAGCUUGCCCCCAACAAUAUGGCUACCCCAGUAGGGUACAUCCCUGUAGGGGCGCUGCUGCGUCAUCUGCCAAAGUAUGACGGAGACACUGAAUGAGAUACAACGACGAGACCCCGAGGCUAUGGGCACCUUCCGGGAGGUGGACCGGCUCCUACGAGAUCAGUUCAUAGUAGGGCUCUCCAAUAAAUUCUUACAAGAUAAAUUACAAGAGAUGACCCGAACAAUGGCCGAUAUAACAUUCUACAGUGUCUACUUGGCCACCGUAGAGAGAGAGGAAGAGCCCAUGCCUGCGGCAGCAAGAGUGAUGAAUAGCACGCAUGUUACAAGGGACCGGCCGGGGUCUGAAGAAUUGGAGUCCUUGAAGGAUGUGGUCCAGGCUCUGCGGGUGGAAUUGAAAGAGCUUCGGCUGAAGGUGUCCCAGAUGAAGGCAGAACCAUCUGAGCCGACGUUAAACUUCCAACCGCUGCAGUAGCUGGGCGUAGGCAGAGCCGGCUCGUCACGUGAGUAAGUGACGUUACGCCGCCGCCCGCUCUGCCUGUUACUGGAGCUUCAUUGUAAGAUGUCCGGCAGUGAAUGGAUGGACACUCAAAGGAAGGAGAGUAGCUGUCAUCUCCUUACUGAAUCCAGUUCUUUGAAAGAGAGGUUGUCCCAGGAAGACCAGUUUCAGUGUGUGGACAGAAAGCCUCAUCAUUAAGCAAGGCCGCACGGUUGCUGAGAGCUUGGUGGCCAUCCCGGGUAAGCGGCAUCCUAGGGCCCAGAACGGACGAAGCAGACGCGCCGGCUUUAUGAAUGGACGGAGGAGGCUUCUUCUGGGCACGGUCCUCUCCAUCCAGAACAGCAGCUUCAUCUACCCAGCCUGUCAGAACUGCUGCUCCCGGCUGAUCCUCACAUCCUGCAGGUAUGAGUGCUAUAAAUGUGGCACCAGCUAUAAAGACGCCACGCAUCAAUAUAAACUGUGUGUGAAGGUCUCGGAGGAGAACAAACUUCAUGUCAUCACCAUCUUUGGAAAAUGUUUGGAGAAAAUAUUCGGAGCCAGCGCUGAUUCCUGCCAUUUGCAGAUUUCUUCACAACUUUCCAAGGAUCUGGAACCCGACAAAGCUCAGGAGCUGUUAUUCCAGGCGGCAGAACGCUGUCUUAUUGGCAGAAACUUCAUAUUUGCUGUCAAGAUUUCAGAGACUUUCGGCAGAAGCAGCUCUCUUUCUCACUCGAAUUUGCAUCAGAACAUGGUUGCAUGUCAGAUUAUUCUCCUCCAUGAAGACUCGAUGAGCUGCACCAUCCUAAGCUAUUUCAAUCUACUGGUGGCGUCUGUAUCGAGCAGCAAUUCCGUACACACUACAGCUGAUGUCUCCACAGACUCCACAAACCUAGACCUGAGUGACCUGGGGUUUUCAGAGAGCCUUAAUCAAAGCUGGAAUCCUUAUGACGAGUACUGGCAGCAGUCCCUUGGCUUGGUGUCCUCACCCUUAAGCAGCACAUUAUCUGAAGGUAGCCGUACAGAACAAUUUCCUCAUCGGGAAUCUCUGACGUCUACAAACACUACAGUAUGCAUACAGAAAAAGCAAAGUAACACAGAUAUAGCCACCACCUCCUCCAGCACUGUGAGCAUCACUACUCCAAGAGCUAAAGAUUCCUUCUCGAAAUUUAUACACUCUUAUACCCGCAGUCCUCCAAGCUCCUCACACUUCCAUAGUUUCUCUUCCAAAUCAAAAGCUGUUCUUGGACAAGAAUCGUGUUUGCAGAACGUUUGCAAGUCAGGAAGUUGUCCUGAGCCAAAGCUGUUCAGCUUGCGCUAUACAACACCCUCUCCAAACAGGAGAAAUCCAUCAAGGCAAGGAAGAAAUUUGGGAAGAUUUCCCAUUCUCUGAAAGCCUGAGCGAGUUUAUAGCAAAAAUCGAAGACAACGAGGGCGUGAGGUCUCCCUUCACAGCUAAACAAACCAAGACGAUUAUAAGUACAGAAGAAAAACUAUUAAAUGAGAGGGAAUGCAGAAGAUCGUGCUACCCAAUGACCAUUCCAGAUGAGAAGCAAAUCCAGAAUUGUACAGUCAUGAAGGAAGCGUCACACUUCAGCUUUGACAAAUUCUCAGGCAAUGAAUCCAAUUCGAGUAUCUUCAUCCAUUCCUGUAAAGUUAUCAGGAGGGAUGAUACUAGUUUAGUAAAUCAGACCUUCCCUUCUGCUUUUGAUGUUCUUUCGAGAGACUCGGCCAGACUGCAGGAUCACCAAAAUCCAGAUUGCUUGAAGAUGCUUUCAAAUAGAACAUACAUCAAUGAUAGCUGGGACCUGUGCAGUUUUCUAGAGGAUCUAGAAAAGUCAGCAAUGUCAUUGGAAAAGGGAAUUUCCAGCCGUAGGGACAAUGUGGUUUUAGGUGAUGAACCUAAACGUUCAGAUGUGGACAUGGAGAAGGUAACUAGUGAGGUAAAAUCCACCAUGGCUGGUGACCACUACAAUGCUUCUGCAGAUCUCUUUGAAGCUAGUAAUAAUCCAGGUGAUAAUGGGACCUCACUUUUGCAACACAUUGGUCAGAACAAUGGUCAAGGAAGACUCUUGUUUUCUAUAAUUAAUUCUCCCUGUACAGAUCUCCUUCCAUAUCGGCCUAGAGAUUCCCGUAUAAGCGUCAGCUCUGUGUCGGAGAUUUAUGAAACGUGGAAUAAUUUGCCCACAGAAGACUUUGCCCCUUAUUUGCAGUCUACCCCAUUACUAAGACGACUUCCAGGAACCAGCAGACUUGCUGUUGAUGCUCAGUGCCUUAGAAUGACAUCCAAUUCCAGGUCUUCCAUAGUUUCCAUAAGGACAAAAUCGAGUAGCACCAUUAAACAUAUCUUCCUCAAGAACACAAGGCAAAGAAAAUCUGCAAUGUUUCAUGGACUUUCUGAGAACUGGUCCCCAAACUUGUCCCCAUUUUUAAGUUCUGAGAGGUCAACAGUGAUGAUCGCAAAGAAUAGGAGGACAAUGUUGUCACACAAACUUUGGAAGAAAGAGGCCAUUUUGGAAAAUGAGAAGGAUUAUGAGACCCUAAGACAUGGGCCUACAGUAAAGGGAACAGACUGUGGGACCAUCUUGGGGAAAGACUCGAUUAAACAUGGUGGCGAUGUACCAGAUAAUGUGGAGAAUCUGUCUCCUGUAAACUGUUCUUUGCAGGAAGGCAAAGAUCGACUUUGUUCUUUACAAGAACAACAACUUCCAAGUGAUUGGUCUCCAGAACUGUUCCCAGGAAAGUCAAAUAGGUCCCAGCCACAUGAAUGUCUCCAGAGGCGGUUAUUUUAACUAAAAAGUAUGCAUUGUGGUAUUUAUUGAAGGGUUGACCUGGCUUCUGUAAGGGGCAAAUGUGAAAUCCAGCAUCUUGGUAAAUGUAUUGUCAACUUAAAAAAAAAUCUUCCUCCUGGAAACUGUCAAUUAGCUGCUAUUGAUGGAUCUCUUAUUCUGAAAGGAAUUGUCUCUUUAGGACAACCCUCCCCCCCCCCCAACCUUCGUUACUAAGCACCAUUUAGCGCAUAUGCAGUUCAUGAAAGAGGAUCUCUCCCUCCAUGCUGCAUAACCCCCCUCCAUGCCAGACCCUGCAUGACAACAUGUAUGAUGGACCAUUUUUCUUGGGAGUUUCAGCUGCCGAACCUCACCUAGGCCUCAUUUACACAAUUGUCUAUUUUUCAGUCCACAAACCACAGAUGUUCAAUCCACAUUUUUCUAAAGCCCAUCAAUAGAACAGACUCUUCUCAUCCGGACCAGAAUAGGAUAUGUUCUACAAUUUGGGGAACGGCCACAUGGAACAUCAAAAACUAUGGUUGUGUGCAUGGCUCCAUAGAAGUGAAUGGGUCACUGUGCUAUGUUAAAAAGUCCAGAUGAAAAAUACAGUCAUGUGCAUGAGGCCUUAGAAAAGGUGUCAUCCAGAUAAGGCAACCUAUUGAAUGUUUCUGUUUAGACCAGAAUAUGACGGGCAUCCUGUUGUGGAUCUGGUUGGUGUAUUACCUCUAAAUAACCCUGGCAUCCAGGGGUGUAACUAUAA